CGAUCGUGGAGGAUGUGUUGACAAUCUGCAGGGCGACGGAAGUUGCCUGCAUCCUCAUCAGUAAACUUAUGGGUGUGUUUCAUGCUGACACCCAUUAGAGAGGAGGGUUUGGGAAUACUGGCCUCCAUGUUAGCACAGACCUGCCCCAGCUGCUAUGUCCUCCACCUCCAUGUCAGCAUUCACUUGUUGUGGUGGUGCUGUCAUGGCAAACCAGGCGUCGGAACAGGCUCUGCUGGCCUCAGAUCGCUACGCCAGACUCAUCCUGGCCCAGAUGAACAAGAUGCGGCUCCGCACAGAUUUCUGUGAUGUGGGUCUGAAGGUGGGCAGCCGGGUCUUCAUGGUCCACCGCCUGGUGCUCGCCGCUAGCAGCCCUUACUUCUCCGCUCUGUUCUCCGGGGGGAUGAGGGAGGCGGAUAAAGAGGAGGUGCAGAUCCUCGGAGUGGAGACUCAAGUGUUUGAGAUUCUCCUGGACUUCAUAUACACAGGCGUGAUCAGUGUGACGGUGGAGAACGUCCAGGAGCUGAUGGUGGCGGCUGACAUGCUGCAGCUGAAUGAGGUGGUGUCCAUCUGCGGAGGGUUCCUCAAGGGCCACAUGGACCCGUCCAACUGUGUGGGCAUCUUUCAGUUCCUGGAGCAGAUCGCCUGCAUGGAGAUGCUGGAAUUCACAGAGAACUAUAUUCAGGUUCACUUUCUGGAGGUGUGUGUGACCGAUGAGUUCAGGGGCCUGUCGAAGGAUCAGCUGGUGAGGCUCCUAAAAAGUGAAGAGCUGAGGAUCGAGGAUGAGUACCAGGUGUUCACGGCAGCCAUGGACUGGGUCCUCCAAGACAUGGCAAAGAGGAAAAAACACGUAGUGGAGGUGUUGGAGCCGGUGCGCUUCCCUCUGCUGUCCCCACAGAGACUGUUCAAGUACAUCGAGGGUAUUACCGACUUCAGCCUGCGGGUGGCACUGCAGACUCUUCUUAAGGAAUACACUGAAGUCACAAAGUCUCCCAAAGAGAAUAAGAUGUACAGCCAGCUCCAACCAGCCAAGAUGAGACCCAGAAGAAAAGCCAGAAAAUACCUCUAUGCUAUAGGGGGCUACACUCGGCUGCAGGGCGGCCGCUGGAGUGACAGCCGCGCGUUGAGUUGUGUGGAGCGCUUCGACACCUUCAACCAGUACUGGACGACGGUGUCGUCCCUGCACCAGGCCCGCAGCGGGCUGGGGGUUGCCGUGUUGGAGGGCAUGAUCUACGUGGUGGGAGGGGAGAAAGACUCGAUGAUCUUCGACUGCACUGAGAGGUACGACCCGGUGACCAAGCAGUGGGCCGCCGUGGCGUCUUUGAACUUCCCGCGCUGUGGGGUUGGCGUCUGCCCCUGCCACGGAGCUCUGUAUGCACUUGGUGGUUGGAUUGGCUCGGAGAUCGGGAAGACGAUGGAGCGAUACGACCCAGAGGAGAACCGGUGGGAGGUGAUCGGAAGCAUGGCCGUCCCACGGUACUACUUCGGCUGCUGUGAGCUACAAGGCUUUAUUUACGUGAUUGGAGGCAUCAGUGACGAGGGAAUGGAGCUGCGUUCGGCCGAGGUGUAUGAUCCCAUCUCUCGCCGAUGGAGUGCUCUCCCCGUAAUGGUCACGCGUCGGGCCUACGUGGGCGUCGCCUGCCUCAAUAACUGCAUUUACGCCGUGGGUGGCUGGAAUGAGGCGCUGGGGGCACUGGACACGGUGGAGAAGUACUGUCCAGAAGAGGAGAAAUGGAUGGAGGUGGCGUCAAUGUCCACUGCUCGUGCCGGCGUUUCAGUGUCGGCGGUCAACGGGAUGCUGUACGCCGUCGGGGGCAGGGCGGCCAGCAGAGACUUCUCCGCCCCGGUGACGGUGGACUCGGUGGAAAUCUACGACCCUCAUCUGGAUACCUGGACGGAAGUGGGCAACAUGAUCACCAGCCGCUGUGACGGAGGGCUGGCUGUGCUUUGAGAAGCUAAAAAUGUUCACACUGUGAACAGCCAUGUCUCCUACAAACAGCAUAAACUGAAGAAAAGUGGCACCUUAAGGAACACAAAAGUGUGUUUUUGCCUCGAAUACUUUACGUUACACGUUACAACGUCCUAAAACGUUUCCAUUGGGAGAAACGUGCUGUAGUUUCAAAAACAGUGCAAAUAAAACACAAAUGUGCCAAAACACAUGCAAAUCAAAAAAACAUCUUCACCAACUUGACAUGCCCAGCGUUUACUAAAAGCGCUGCGUAAACAGAUCGCUGCAAAUACAAAGUACUGAACAUAAAAGAUCGCUGCAAGAAUCUCAAAUGGUGACAGGUUGCACAUGAAACGGACUAUCUCUGCAAGAGUUAAAGUUGGCCAACUUCAUAUUCCUUUUCCGUUGUGUUUGGAGCUUCUUGCAGCGUUUCGUCUACAUAGCGCUUUUAGUAAAUGCUGCGCAUGUGUUGUCAAGUUGGUGGAGAUGUUUCUUAACUUGCAUUUGUUUUGGCCGUUGUAGCGUGUUUGCACCUAUGAGCCACCGUAGGUCACACGUUUCUUUUCACAUUCAUCAGGCAUGACAGCGGAUUUCAAACUCGAAAAACGGCCAAAACGGCUACUUGCCUUUGUCACAAUUUUUAUAGUGACAAUUUUAUCCACUUGACACUUUUUCAAGAAAAUCAGUUUCCCAUGUUGUGUAUGUAAAGAAAAAGCGAUCCCUGUGAUAAGGACCUUUUUUCACAGCAAUGGAGUCCUAUUUUGGAUGGACGGACCUGAGUUUUUUCUUUCUACGUGGAACAUUCCUUAGACAAUAUGUGAAAGCCCUGUUUUUAUGUUUGUGUUUUCUCCUUUUUUCUUAAAGAAAUGUUUAAGUGAAUUGCUACUCGGAAGACUGAUCAAACCACUUGAGCCUAUUGUAUUAAUGGAACCGAAGUUCCAUGGUAAGUGAUUCCUGAACAGCACACCACCGUUAAUAUUCACUGGAUUAUUUUUGUCAUUUGAUUCUGUUAAUAAUAGUGCCUCUUAGUCACUAUGUACACUCGAAAAGAGUGUUAGAUCAUUUCACUCAUCAGUGGCAUCUGACAUUACUACGAUAUUGCAAUAUAAUUAUUAGACGUAGAAAUGUUUUUACCUUUUCAUGGUAAUUGACGCCAUCAUUUGCAAGCUGACUGCACAUUAACAUUUCCUUUCAUGUACGGUUCUCCCUUUGCAAACAGCACAAUAACAAUGUUACAUAACAUCUUUUAGUGGUUGCUUUUCAGGCUGAAUAAACUUCACAAAGAGUUA